UUGAGUUCUCUUCUCCGCCGAGAAGUCUUCUCGGCGGAGAAGAGAACUCAACCAGAGAUCAAAUGAAAAACGUUUUGGAGUUUGAGAAGAGAUUGGCUCAGAUAACAAUUCCUGCGGAUCAGAGAAGAGACGACGAAAGCACUUAUCAUAAAAUUACUUUAAAAGAACUGAAAAUGAAAUGCAAAGCAAUCGAUUGGGUUUCGUAUUAUAGACGCGCUUUCGGGCCAAUCGGUCGAGAGAUUACGGAAAACGAGCAAAUAGUCAUUUAUUCGCCACAAUAUAUGUCUAAUUUAUCGGAUCUCAUAGAAGAGCACUUACGAGACGAACAGAAGAAAAUAGUUGUGGCCAAUUACUUGGGCUGGUCUGUUGUGCAGACAAUGACUUCAUGCUUAGCAAAGCCCUUCAGAGAGGCUUCAAAAAUACUGCGAAAGGCUUUAAUGGGAUCGGAGGGGACGGAAUCACCAUGGAGGUAUUGCGUCACCGACACCAAUGGUGUGAUGGGCUUUGCUUUGGGGGCUAUGUUUGUGAAGGCAGUCUUUCACGGAGACUCCAAACUUAUGGCACAAACCAUGAUUGAAGAAGUGAGGGAUGCCUUCAAAAGCAAUUUACCAAAUCUUAAAUGGAUGGACGAACACACCAGACAAUUAGCUAAAGAAAAAGCCGACGCUAUCACUGAUAUGAUAGGUUUUCCUGACUUUAUUCUCGAUUCAACAAAAUUGAAUCAAAAAUAUGAAGGCCUAAUUCUGGAAGAAAAUGAUUAUUUCACGAAUAAUAUAGAAGUAAAUAGAUUUGCUUUAAGAAGAAAUAUCCAGAAAAUCGAUAAAAUGGCAAAUAAGUCUGAAUGGGAAAUGUCUCCGCCCACUGUUAAUGCAUAUUACACACCAACCAAAAAUCAAAUAGUAUUUCCAGCUGGAAUACUCCAGGCGCCCUUCUAUGACGUGAAUUACCCGAAAUCACUCAAUUUCGGAGCGAUGGGUGUUGUUAUGGGACACGAAUUAAGUCAUGCAUUCGAUGAUCAGGGUAGAGAAUACGACAAAAGUGGAAAUCUUCACCAGUGGUGGAAGAAUAGCACGAUUAGAAAGUUUGAAGAGAGGAUGAAGUGUUUUGUCGAUCAAUACACUAAAUACAACGUUGGAAGCGAUCACGUGAAUGGGAAGCAAACAAUUGGAGAGAACGUCGCCGAUAACGGAGGCCUUACAGCGGCUUAUAAUGCGUACAAGUCUUGGCUGAGCAAACAUCCCACAGAACUGCCACUUCCGGGCGUGAAUCUGACUAAUUUGCAGCUAUUCUUCGUGGGUUUCUCGCAGGUCUGGUGCUCUACGAGUACACCGGAGGCCCUGAAACUUCAGAUCAUGAAUGAUCCGCACAGUCCGGCACAGUUCAGAGUCAUCGGAACCCUUUCCAACUCAUAUGAAUUCGCACAACAAUUCAAAUGUAGUCCUAAUACUCGUAUGAAUCCAGAGAAGAAGUGUGUCGUUUGGUGAACACAUAUUGUAUAACUUGAUUCAAGGCAAACACUCGGUCCGCCUUUAUUUCGGUUAUCAAGUCAUUCAUUUAUUCAACCAAAACGUUUCAAUCAAUUGUCAUGUAUUUUGUAUUCAGUGACAGAAUAUUAUUAUAUAUUAUUGCCAGAAAAUUUGUACGUUUGAUACAGUGUUUGGAAAUACUUUUUAAAUUUUAAUAAGUGAUCAAAAAGUUGUGGUGAAAGAGAAAAGUAUUAAAAACUUGCAUUUUAUAUGAUAUGUAUUCAUAACUUUGCGAAUUUAUGGCAAACAUCCGAUUGUUUGUGACUAAGGACUGGUUUUGUGUUCAUCUAUUCAUUCAAUUGUUUCUUGAUUUUACGAAUUUAAUUAAUUAAUUAAUUUUUAUAUUUAAAAUCGCC